AUGGAAAUGACUACAUGGCAUAGCAAAGUUCCCCCCAAAAAGCUUUUCCUGCACAAUUCACAGUUUAAGGCGAGAAAUAUUUCGCUGAUUGAUUUAUUGCAAUUGCUAGAUAUGUAUUUAUGUAAAGGAAAGCAAGUUAUGGAGAAUUCUUAUAAAUUAAUGAAUAUUUUCAACAAGGAAAUUCAACUUUUUUACGUUAAGUAA